GGGCGGAGCGACCAAUGAGUGCGUCUCGUGACACUCACGUGAUUUGUAAACAGGAAGUGUCUGAUCUGUACUGCAGAGGAUCUGGCCGUCGCUGAGGAGACUGCUGUUUUCUUCCUCAUCAUGGUGGACUUUCUGGCAGAGAACAACCUGUGUGGUCAGGCCAUCCUGAGGAUUGUGUCCAGAGGAAAUGCCAUCAUAGCAGAAUUACUCAGACUCUCAGAAUUUAUUCCUGCAGUUUUCAGACUCAAAGACAAGAGCGACCAGCAGAAAUAUGGAGACAUAAUCUGUGAUUUCAGCUAUUUUAAGGGUCCGGAGUAUUAUGAGAGUAAACUGGAAGCAAAGCCAGAGCUGCAGGAUUUGGAUGAGGAGUUUCGGGAAAAUAACAUUGAAAUAUUAACACGGUUCUACCUGGCCUUUGAGAGUGUCCAUAAAUAUGUUGUAGACUUGAUAAGGUACUUGGAUGAUCUCAAUGAAGGGGUCUACAUUCAGCAAACACUAGAAACUGUUUUAUUGAAUGAAGAUGGGAAACAGCUCCUGUGUGAGGCUCUGUACCUGUAUGGAGUCAUGUUACUGGUCAUUGAUCAGAAGAUGGAGGGGGAGGUGAGAGAAAGGAUGCUGGUGUCCUACUAUAGAUACAGUGCUGCUCGCUCCUCGGCUGACUCAAACCUGGACGACAUCUGCAAGCUCCUGCGUAGUACGGGAUACUCCAGCCACCCGGGGGCCAAACGGCCACCCAACUACCCUGAGAGCUACUUCCAGAGAGUUCCCAUCAGCCCCACCUUCAUCAGUAUGGUGAUCGGCCGCCUCCGCUCUGAUGACAUUUAUAACCAGGUUUCUGCGUAUCCUCUGCCGGAGCACCGCAGUACAGCACUGGCAACACAGGCCGCUAUGCUGUGUGUCUGCUUAUACUUCACCCCCUCCAUCCUGCACACACAACAGGCCAAGAUGAGAGAGAUCGUGGACAAAUACUUCCCUGACAACUGGGUUAUAAGCAUAUAUAUGGGGAUCACGGUGAAUUUGGUGGAGGCGUGGGAACCAUAUAAAGCUGCUAAAACAGCGCUGAACUACACAUUGGACACAGCCAACAUCAAAGAGCAGUCCGGUCGAUACGCUGCCAGUGUGGAGAGCUUGCGGCCGCAGGUGCAGCAGUUAUUGAAGGAGGGAUUCCUGAGAGAAGAAAUCGUCCUGGACAACAUUCCCAAACUGCUCAACUGCCUCCGUGACUGUAACGUUGCCAUCCGCUGGCUGAUGCUGCACACUGCAGAGUCCGCUUAUGAUCCAAACAACAAAAGACUGCGUCAGAUCAAGGAUCAAGUCAUCAACGACUCCAAAUACAAUCCCAAAAUUCUGUUUCAGCUGCUGCUGGACACGGCCCAGUUUGAGUUCAUACUCAAAGAGAUGUUCAAGCAGAUGUUGGCAGAGAAGCAGCUGAAGUGGGAGAGCUAUAAGAAAGAGGGAUCGGAGAGAAUGAUGGAGCUGGCCGAGGUGUUUUCUGGGGUCAAACCUCUCACCAGGGUGGAGAAAAACGAGAAUCUUCAGGCCUGGUUCAGAGAGAUCUCCAAACAGAUCGAGUCCCUGAACUACGAGGACUCGACCGCAGCCGGCAGGAAGACUGUGCAGCUCAUUCAGGCUCUCGUGGAGGUCCAAGAGUUUCACCAGCUGGAGUCCAACCUGCAGGUGUGUCAGUUCCUGGCGGACACACGCAAGUUCCUCCAUCAGAUGAUCCGCACCAUCAAUAUCAAAGAGGAAGUGCUCAUCACGAUGCAGAUAGUGGGAGAUUUGUCCUACGCCUGGCAGAUCAUUGACAGCUUCACAUCAAUAAUGCAAGAGAGUAUCAGAGCAAACCCCUUCAUGGUGACUAAACUCAGAGCCACUUUUCUAAAGUUUAUUCUGCCUCUCCUAUGAAUCAAUCAGGUCAACAGUCCAGAUCUGCUGAGCGUGUCUCAGUUUUACUCUGGGGAGCUGGUGGCUUAUGUCAGAAAGGUUCUGCAGAUCAUUCCAGAAAGUAUGUUCACCUCGCUGGCCAAAAUCAUCAAACUGCAAAUAUACAUAGUAGCUAAACUCACUCAUGCCAUCUCAGUCUUCACUGAAGGUAUUCUGAUGAUGAAGACCACACUCGUCGGCAUUAUCAAGGUGGAUCCGAAGCAGCUUCUGGAGGACGGGAUCAGGAAAGAGCUUGUCAAGCGUGUGGCUUACGCUCUGCACAAAGGCCUCAUCUUCAACCCCAAAGCCAAACCCAGUGAACUGAUGCCAAAGCUGAAGGAAAUGGCUGCCACCAUGGAUGGGUUUUACCGCUCGUUUGAAUACAUUCAGGAUUACGUGAGCAUCUACGGCCUGAAGAUCUGGCAGGAGGAAGUGUCUCGGAUCAUCAACUACAACGUAGAGCAGGAGUGUAACAGUUUCCUCAGAACCAAGAUCCAAGACUGGCAAAGCGUCUAUCAGUCCACCCACAUUCCCAUUCCUAAGUAUCCGUCAGUUGAUGAAUCCGCCACGUUUAUUGGACGUCUCUGCAGGGAAAUCCUGAGGAUCACAGAUCCAAAAACAACGUGUUACAUUGAUCAGCUGAACACCUGGUACGAUAUGAGGACGCAUCAGGAAGUGACCAACAACCGACUCUUCUCGGAGAUUCAGGACACGCUGGGCACCUUCGGCCUGAACGGACUCGACCGACUCUUGUGUUUCAUGAUCGUGAAAGAGCUGCAGAAUUUUCUGACAGUCCUACAGAAGAACAUCCUGAAGGACAAAGCUGUGGUUGACAUCUUUAAAGCUCUGCUGUCGGCUGUCAAUCCUGUCAAAGGGAUUGUGGCAAAUGCAAGCAAAGUCUACGUCAACGCUGUGGCCAAAACUCAGAAGAUCUGGCCAGCGUAUCUGGAAGCCAUCAUGAAGGUGGGUCAGAUGCAGAUCUUGAGGCAGCAGAUAGCCAAUGAACUGAACUACUCCUGCAAAUUUGACUCGAAACAUCUCGCUGCGGCGCUGGAUAAUCUGAACAAGUCUCUGCUGUCUGAUAUUGAAGCUCAUUACCAGGAUCCAUCGCUGCCGUAUCCCAAAGAGGACAACACUCUGCUCUACGAGAUCACCGCGUAUCUGGAGGCCGCUGGAAUCCAAAACCCACUUAACAAAAUCUACAUCACGACGAAGCGUCUGCCUUACUUUCCCAUCGUGAACUUCCUGUUCCUCAUCGCUCAGCUGCCAAAACUGCAGAACAACAAAAGCCAAGGCAUGACGUGCAGGAAGGCUGCCGAUCCGGUGGACUGGGCUCCUCUGGUUCUGGGUCUCCUGACGCUGCUCAAACAGUUUCACUCCAGAUACACUGAACAGUUCCUGGCUCUGAUCGGACAGUUUAUUCGCUCCAUAAUGGAGCAGUGCACCAGUCAGAAGAUUCCAGAUAUGCCUUCAGAUGUAGUCGGAGCAUUAAUGUUUCUGGAGGACUAUGUGCGUUACACUAAACUGCCCAGAAAGGUGGCAGAGGCUCAUGUGCCAAGUUUCGUUUUCGAUGAAUUCAGGACCGUACUGUAAAUGUGCCUGUGAUAAUGUCAAAUCAUAUUUGAUAUAAUUUGUCUUUCUCUUAAAGCAUAAUGAAAUUAGCAUUUUUAACAUUUCAAUUUUAAAACAUGAUCAUCUUGUGUAGCUGUUGCUGACCUGAUGUCUGUCUGCUGGCGUAAUAAAUGCCAUAUGUGUAUGUUUUGAUACAACUUUUUAGGACAUUUACACACUUUUGAAGAAUUAAUCUCUAACUCACAACCUCUCAAGAUUUAUUGCUUUUAUAAAAUGGUGGCAACAGCAAUAAGAUAAAA